AUGGAUCCGGCACGCCAUCAGGACCGCCACCACAGAAACGGGGCGGCGUUGACCCCUGCCGUCAGGCUCGUCUUGUACUCUCUCAGUAUCGCAGGCGGAAUGCAGCUUUGGGGCCGGAGCCUUGUCGACGGGACUUUGGUCAAACUCUUGUCGGCUGUGCAUGGGCCGGACCCGUAUCAGCUCCCAGGCACGCAGACGCAGCUGAAGUCCAGCUUCACGGGCGUCUUCGCCAUCGACUACCUGCUCCGCAUCUUGGUUGUGUUCUUCUGGGAAGUUGCCGACGGCUCCCAUCCCGCUUCCUCGGCCAUCGGCCUGUACUUCCUUGGCCAGUACUUCUCAGUCUUGUUGGUGUUUUACUUGGAGGACUCUCGACACGGGGCGAGGCCAAGCUACGUUAGGCCGACUCUCUGGCUUCUCCUGUUCCAAGCCACCGGCAUCGGGUGUGCCGGACCGCUAUGGGUCCUUUCUCACCUGGGAGCUUCCAACGGCGGCUCGGUUGGCCGCAUGUCUUCCUUGAAAGAUUCCCUGGAGCGAGCAGCACCUUUAUCGUCCCCACAUGUCCCCUUCCUCAUCCUUGCAGCCCUCGUCAUGGGCUAUGCCGCUCCCGCAUCCCUGAUGCUGCUGCCUUCUCCUCGCGUCCUGUCCGCCGACUCCAAGCAAUUCGCGCUGGUUCUAUGGAACAUCUUUCCCAUAUGGGUGCUAGCUGCGUUGCUUGGGCUCCGUAGUGUCCUUCCCUUGGCCCGGAGCUCGCAGCAGCAGCCCGCUGGUUCCUUCAAGGAUGCCGCGGCCGUAACCCAGCUACGAACGAACCGCCGUUACAUAGCGAACAUGGCCCUGGUCUAUGCCCCCGCGCUCAUCGUAAGCGUGUACUCACACAUCGCGGUCUUGGCAGCCACGGUAUCCACGCGCCUGUUCCCCGCCCUCUUUCGCCCGGAGCACCUGGCCAGCCUGACGCCCUGGGAAGUGUUCGUGCCGCCGCUGUCCGUGGUCGCUGGGCAAACGGUCGGUGAUGGCACUCGAAGCUUCAUGCUGUGGGAUCAGGUCUUCGGGUACGGAACAGUUGGCAUUGUCAUGCUAUUGCGACUUCGCAGUGCGGCUGACGCGGUUGGGAGGCCGUUGGGUUCGGUCAAGAUGGUUACCGGGAUAUUGCUCGCCUCGCUUGUUGCGGGACCAGGCAGCGCUUGCUUACUGGCCUGCUGGGUCAGCGAAUUGCUUCUUCUACUCGGUUGA